AUGACUUCUUACAGUGUAUUGGCUUCUCUGGAGUCCUAUGAAGCAAUGGACUGUGUCAGUGGUGGAUGGGGCAAUGUUUUUUUUCCCGAAAAAAUCAAAAAAGAAAGGAAAAAAACAAAGCCAGGAUGGCCAAGCAAAGCACCAGGUUCGGUCGAAGCAGCCACAGAAAAGCGAUUAGUGAUGUGGUGGUUGAUGGAGCUGGCGCCAAAUGAAACGAUUUCUGUUGUUGUUGCUUUUCGAUUCAGCGGUAACUUUGUGCUGGAAUGUUUGGAAGUGAAAUCAAGCGGUCCGCAGAAAACGAACACAGCUUGGCGGCAUAGUGCUGUCGUAUUUGGAGAUGCUAGCAACAAAAUGACCAAAUGA